AUGCUCGUACGGUCGCUGCUGGAGCCUCUGGAGGAUGGAGCAGGGCGGAUGGAGGAAGAGGAGGCGAGCUGUGAAUGCGCAUUGGAUACGUCGGGCCUGUCCCUCGCCAUCCGUGUGCCACUGCGUCAAGGCGCACGCACGGAACCUCGGCCACUUGUCGCCAGCAGCGCCCCAGGAGAGAGUCAGGGGGUGGGCAAGGCAAGGAGGAGGCGCAGGGGGGCAGCCACGGGUAUCAGCUUUGUGGAUAUGAUUGAUAAUCUGCGUGGAAAGUCCGGACAAGGGUACUACGUGGAGAUGGCCGUGGGGACACCUCCGCAAAAGCUGAACAUCCUGGUGGACACUGGGAGCAGUAACUUUGCAGUGGGAGCAGCGUCUCACCCUUUUCUCAGGAGAUAUUACCAUCGCUCCUUAUCCACAUCGUACCGGGACCUGGGGCGCAGCGUGUAUGUACCUUACACUCAAGGGCGCUGGGAAGGCGAGCUGGGCUCGGACUUGGUGUCUGUCCCACACGGGCCUAACGCCACGCUCCGAGCAAAUAUUGCUGCCAUCAUCCAAUCAGAUCGCUUCUUCAUUAAUGGGUCCAACUGGGAGGGCAUCCUGGGAUUGGCGUACGCAGACAUCGCCCGGCCGGACGAGAACUUGGAGCCAUUCUUUGACUCUUUGGUUCGACAGACGCCGGUCCCAAACCUCUUCUCGCUGCAGCUUUGUGGAGCAGGCUUCUCCCAGAACUAUUCUUUAGGCAGUGCCACAGUUGGAGGCAGCAUGAUCAUUGGAGGUGUAGACCCGUCUCUUUUUGUGGGAGAACUCUGGUACACUCCCAUACGCAGAGAGUGGUACUACGAAGUCAUCAUCGUGAGAAUCGAAGUGAACGGACAGGACCUCAACAUGGAUUGUAAAGAGUACAACUAUGACAAAAGUAUUGUGGACAGUGGAACCACAAACCUGCGCCUGCCAAGAAAGGUUUUCCAGGCAGCGGUCAAAGCCAUCGAGGCAGCAUCUUCAACAGAGCAGUUCCCGUCUGGUUUCUGGCUUGGGGAGCAGCUGGUCUGUUGGCAGGCGGGCACUACACCCUGGCACAUCUUCCCCGUCAUCUCUCUCUAUCUGAUGAGUGAAAAUCGCAACCAAUCCUUCAGAAUAUCCAUUCUGCCCCAGCAAUACUUGAGGCCAGUGGAGGAUGUGGCGUCUGCUCAGGAAGACUGCUAUAAGUUUGCAGUGUCCCAGUCCAGCACCGGGACUGUGAUGGGCGCCGUCAUCAUGGAGGGGUUUUAUGUGGUGUUUGACAGAGAGAAAAGACGCAUCGGCUUUGCAGUCAGCACAUGCCACGUGCAUGAUGAGUUUCGCACAGCGUCAGUGGAAGGUCCGUUCCAUGGGGUGGACCUGGAGGACUGCGGGUACAACAUCCCCCAGACGGACGAGUCCACCCUCAUGACCAUCGCCUACAUCAUGGCCGGCAUCUGCGCCCUCUUCAUGCUGCCUCUGUGUCUCAUGGUUUGUCAGUGGCGUUUUGCCCGCUGCAUUCAUCCACAUGGAGACUUCACAGAUGACAUUUCUUUAUUGAAGUGA